AUGUGCAAAGUGUUGAAAUUAACCAAGGUUUUGGCCGAACACAAACUCUGGGUUGUGUUUGUUGUUACCUGUAAGUUCAUGUCCAUUGCCAUCAUGUUUUAUUGGCGAAUCACCAGGGGUGCCAAAGACGAGACUAAGCUCUACAGUUUGCCUAGAGCGUUUAAGUGUCCUCUCUCUGUGCCUUCUCUCUCUCCUCCAUCUGGCUGGCCUUCUCUUUUGCCUAAGAAUGUAUACUUCGUGGAGACAUCAGAACGAACCAAGCCCAACUUUCUGUUUAUGUGCUCUGUUGAAUCAGCAGCCAGAGUUCACCCAGAAGCCAAAAUCACUGUACUUAUGAAGGGCCUGGCAAAGCAAAAUUCUACUAUACCAAAACAUGUGGGCAUUUCCUUAUUCAGGUGUUUCACCAACAUUGAAAUCAAGCCUUUGGACAUGAAGGACCUUUUCGUGGACACUCCCCUGGCUAAGUGGUAUCCAAUUGCUCAACAGAGGUGGGAACCUUAUUUCUUGCCUAUUCUUUCUGAUGCCUGCCGAUUAGCCAUCAUGUGGAAAUUUGGAGGAAUCUACUUAGACACAGAUUUCAUUGUCCUAAAGAGUUUAAAGAACCUCACCAAUGUGCUUGGUACUCAGUCCAAAUAUGUACUGAAUGGGGCUUUCCUCUCUUUUGUACCAAGACACAGGUUCAUAGAGCUCUGUAUGCAAGACUUCGUGGCAAAUUACAACAGAUGGAUCUGGGGCCACCAGGGCCCAGUGCUCUUCACCCGUGUGUUUAAGAAGUGGUGUUCCAUUAGGAGCCUCCCGAGCAGCAAAGGGUGUAGAGGUGUCACGGUUCUGCCACAAGAAGCCUUUUAUCCCAUUCGCUGGCAGGACUGGAGAAAAUAUUUUGAAGCAAUCAAAGCGUCAGAGCUUUCACAUCUCUUUAAAAAUACCUAUGCAGCCCAUGUCUGGAAUAAGAAUAGUCAAGCGACACAACUUGAUAUCACCUCUAAAGCAUUACUAGCUCAACUGCAUUUCCAGUACUGUCCAUCAACCUAUGGGUUAAUGAAGAGGUAUCAAUAA